UGGUUAUAAUAAAUAAACUGUCAUAACACUCACUAAAACAGUUAGGAAACUCAUUCACUCAAACUUUAAGUAAUCUUCCAUUUCAAUAUAAUUUUAACGUCACUGCUAAAUUUUUAAAUACACAUUUUAAUCCCUAAAAUUCAAACCUGUUUGUCAUAUAUUCAUCAGCGGCAUCACAUGGUGAACGUUUUGGAAGACCUUCAUGAUACGGCAGAUUAUGGGCUUCAGAGGAAUGAGAUAAAAAAUCAUUGUCUGACGUUAAUAAUGAAAUCGAAUAGACGUGAACUUAUGUGCCAUCCGCUUGUGAAACGAAUAUUGAAGUACAAAUGGGAAGGAAAAAACUUCAGAAUUGUCUUCUGGCUGCUCUUUCUUCUAUACGCAUGUUUCAUGGCGUCGUUCAAUACUUUCAUUAUGACAACUCCACCGCCGUACGCAAUAAAUAUUACAGCUAAUGAUACUGGAAACACGUGUGUACAGAUGAUACCUGAGGCUCAAAGUAAAUGGGGUGAUUCUUGCGUUACAAAGCAUGAUCGUUUGUUCGUGGGAUACGUAUCAAUUUUUUUUGCUGUUCUGAAUCUACUGAAAGAGGUUUUUCAAAUGUGCAAAGAAAAACUUGAAUACAUAAAGAAUGCAACAAACUGGAUUGAACUAUUUUUGUUUGGUUCUUCGAUAGUUACGGUUUUACCAUUCACAACUUUUACGUGCAAAUAUGGAAUUUUAGAGGAAUGGCAGUGGAAACUAGCGACAAUAGAUAUCUUUCUUUCUUGGAUAGUUUUAUUGUUGUUUGUGGAAGCAAUACCAAAGUUCGAUCUUGGAAUUUAUGUCGUAAUGUUUACAAACAUCCUCAAGACAUUUUUGAAAUUUUCAGUUGUUUUGAUUGUGUUUGUCUGUGCAUUCGGAUUCAGUUUCCACGUGCUUUUCCAAAACCAGAUUGCCUUUGGAAAUUUAUGGGACUCGAUUGUGAAAACAAUUGUUAUGAUGAUUGGGGAAAUCGAAUAUGAAUCGAUUUUCACUGCGCAACACUCAAGCUCUGAGUAUACCGAUCAGGUUUACUACGAAAAAGUAUCUUACUUGGUUUUUCUUACAUCGUUAAUAAUCAUGAGCAUCAUCGUAAUGAAUAUGUUGGUUGGAUUAGCCGUGGAUGAUAUUAAAGCAAUAACGAAUAAGGCAGAAAUGAAAUCGAGAGCCCAACACGCAAAGCUGGUGUUAGAUACUGAAACUAUGCUUCUUCAAAAACAUACGAAGUUAUACGAGGAAGGUAAAAAUUGUACAAUAAUACCUUCUGAACAUGAUGAAAGUAAAGAGUUUAGAAUCACAGAUGACAUAAGUAACGAGAAAUCAAAGAAAUCAAGCUUUGUUGAGCGGAAAAGAAAAUUGGGAGAUGCAGCUGAUAAAAACCAAGUGCAUAAUCUGCGUUUACGAGUGUACGAUGUCAACAAACGCGCUCAAGUCAUCGAAUCUAUGAUGAAAAUGCAUAUGGAAGAAAAUAAUUAUGAUUGGAAAGAUGAUAACGAUGAUCUUGAUCUUUAAACCAUCCAUGUAUUUAAAUAUAAACAUAUACUGAUAAUGAAGAUUUGAGGAAAUUAUAUAAAAUAAGCAAUCAACUGAACAAAAUUUGAUGCGGGUUUUUGAAUUGUUAAGAAAAAGUGCAUAAUCUGCGUUUACGAGUGUACGAUGUCAACAAACGCGCUCAAGUCAUCGAAUCUAUGAUGAAAAUGCAUAUGGAAGAAAAUAAUUAUGAUUGGAAAGAUGAUAACGAUGAUCUUGAUCUUUAAACCAUCCAUGUAUUUAAAUAUAAACAUAUACUGAUAAUGAAGAUUUGAGGAAAUUAUAUAAAAUAAGCAAUCAACUG